CGAAGAAAGAAGAUUGCGAAGAGUUCGCGCGACAUUGUUCCACACGGCUUACCCUAACUAACUGAAGAACAAUUUGUCACGCCAGUCUUCAAACACACCUCAAAUUACGACAACUGCCUUUUGUCUUAGUGUGAUUUUGAACUGCGACGGUGAAACAUGAAAGUGGGUUUUAAUAAUGUCGAAGAUUGGUGAUUUGUGGUGGGUUGUGGCCGUUUUGGGACUGCUGCUUGAGAAAGCUUGGGGAAUCACCGACGCCAGGUUGGUGCAGGGUACGAACGUAAACCUAGGCGAAGCAUUGCAAUUCCUGCGUGAAUACGACAACGAGGCUUCGAGGAUAUGUCACCGCGUCAGUUCCGCGCGAUGGACUUACUCAACCAACAUGACCGACUUCAACAAACGAAAAAUGAUCGAAGAACAAACCCUUCAAGCAAAAUUCAACAAGCUCUCCUGGAAACGCGCUAUGACUUUCGAUUGGACUCGCCUCCCCGACCAAAUGGUCAGACGACAAUUGAAAUUUUUGAUAACAAACAGCCGUGCGAGUUUAACCGACGAAAAAUACAAUGAGAUUUAUCAUCUCAUCUCCGAAAUGAAAGAUAUUUACAGCCAUAUCAGGAUAUGUCCGUUUAACAACCACGAGAGUCUCUUCUGCGACCUAGAACUUGACCCGGAUGUGAUUCGGAUUAUGGGCAAUUCGCGGAAUCACAUGGAAUUGGCUCAUGUCUGGCGUGAAUGGCACGAUAAGGUGGGCCCCCCGAUGAAAAAUAAGUUCAUGAGAUAUGUGCAAAUCGCCAAUCAGGCCGCGAGGAUGAACGGGUUUUUGGACGCGGGAGAGGAGAUGAGAUUUGCUUAUGAACAACAGAAUUUCGAGAUUGAGAUUGCUGAGACUUGGAUAAGUUUGCAACCGCUGUACAGGGAAUUGUUUACUUAUGUCAGAAGGAAACUUUUGCAAUUUUAUGGGCCGUAUGUCGUCAGGCCCGAAGGGCCGCUGCCUGCACAUCUUUUAGGAAAUGUCUGGGCACAGGAUUGGAGCAAAAUCGUAGACAUGGUGGCGCCGUAUCCGGAGUAUAAGACGAUUGAUGUGACUGAUGAAAUGCUGAGACAGGGAUUCACACCGCUUAGAAUGUUUCAGAUGGCCGAAGAAUUCUACACUUCCCUCGGCCUCAAACCCAUGCCCCCCGAAUUUUGGCGUUUCUCAAUGUUUGAAAAACCAAACGACCGCAAAGUACAAUGCACGUCAAGUGCGUGGGACUUUUGUAACAAAAUUGAUUACAGAAUAAAACAGUGUACUGAAGUAAACAUGGAUGAUUUAAUUUCAACACACCACGAAAUGGCCCACAUUCAGUACUACUUAUAUUACAACGAGCAACCAUACUUAUACCGAGACGGGGCCAACCCUGGCUUCCACGAAGGAGUCUCAAACGCCAUCUCCUUAUCAGUUUUCAAUCCGGUGCACUUGCACCGAGUCGGCUUAUUUAACCAAAACACAGACAGUUACGAAACUAACAUUAAUUUUUUGAUGUUGAUGGCUUUGAAAAAGGUUGCUUUUGCCCCUUUUGCAUAUCUAGUGGACGCGUGGCGUUACGAGAUUUUCCAAAAUGGGGUCCAAAACAUGAACGCAGCUUGGUGGGAAUUACGCCUACGCUACCAGGGAAUAAUCCCUCCAAUCCCUCGCACUGAAAGCCAUUUCGACGCUGCUGCAAAACGCCACAUUCCCGCCGAUAUUUCAUAUAUGAAAUAUUACGUAGCGCUUUUACUCGAAUUUCAGAUUCAUAGUUCGAUGUGUUUUGCUUCGGGUCACGUGGGACCGUUGCAUAAUUGUGAUAUUUACCGGUCGAGGGAAGCCGGACGUGUUUUAUCGGACUUGUUGAAAGUUGGCAAGGCCAGGCAUUGGAAAGAAGUGAUUAAGAUGUUAACUAGAGGGCAGUCAGAUCGACUAUCUGCUGAAGCAAUGCUUCAGUAUUUUCAACCCUUGAUGUUGUGGCUUAAAGUACAAAAUCGAAAUGAAAGUGUGGUAGGGUGGAUGACAAGUUUGGAAGAGGAGGCUUUAUUUCAGCCAUUCUUGUUUUCAAAAAGUAACAAAAGUGUGUUUGAUUUAAAUCUUGUUAUAUUCAUUUCUGUAACUCAGAUUUUCCUAAAUAAAAUUAUAUAUUAAAUGCUACCUAUAUUUUGUAUAAAUAAAAAAAUUAA